UUCGGUGCCUCUGAAUGAUAGUCGAGUUGCAUUAAUCAUCGCGGCAUUUCCAGGCUCUGAUGAGAGAAAGUGCUCUCACUUUGGGGUGGGGUUGGAAGUGUUUCAGAGUAACUUUCUUGGCGAAAGGGAAGUCAGUUCGUUGCGAUAUUUCUACGCUGAAAAGUUUGUUAUGCCAUUUGGCUAAACGAGCGUUUUUUUGCGUUAAGGACAGCAGCGCGCGCGGCUGUGAUCUAUUUUUAAAACGCACUGGGACGACAUGCUGAGAGAGUAGCACCAGAUCAUAACGUGGUUUUAAGUCGGGUUUAAGACAAACGCUGGUAUUUAGUUGGAGCAGGAGGCUUGGGGAGAAAACUGACAUGAGCUUCAUGUGUGUGGUUUUACUCCCCACCUCUCUCUCUCUCUCUCUCUCUCUCUCUCUCUCUCUCUCAGAGCUCCCCAGUAGCAUUUUUGUUGCUGCUUUUGCCUUCUCCUCCUUAAAUAUAUGCAUGUAGGUUAAAUGAGUACCUGAUGAAAUAAAGCCGUCUCCCCACCCCCGGGUUACACGGUGAGGGGAAAAAUCCGAUAGCGGAGAGGAAGAGUGGCCGCGCUGCAAAAAAAAAAAAAAAAAAAAGAAGCCCCGGCUUUCGGAAUUCCUGCGGCUCUGCUGUUUUCUCUCCCCCACUUUCCCCUGCUCUAUCCCGGCAGAGAUGAUCAGUAGCACCGCUCUUGAUGGCUUAAAGAUGCAGUGGACCCCAGAGCAUGUGCAGUGGGCAGAACAGCACUUCGACAUCUCCUCCACGACCCGCUCCCCAGCCCACAAAGCUGAGGCAUAUCGCGGGCACCUGCAGAGGACCUACCAGUAUGCCUGGGCCAAUGAUGACAUCUCAGCUCUCACCGCCUCCAACCUCCUGAAGAAAUAUGCUGAAAAGUACUCUGGGAUCCUUGAGGGUCCCAGUGAGAGGGCAUUGCUGUGCUCAUAUUCAGAGAGUGCACCAGGACUCCUGAACGGACGCAAGUCUGAAAGUGAAGUAUGGCAAGAGGGCAUCUACCCCAUGAACUGUGCUGCAGAUGUGAUAUCUGCAAGCAAGGCUGUAGUGCCAGCCGCUUUGCCACCAACAGACAGUGCAGCCAACAUUGGCAGCUCGUCAGGGGUGGCAAGCAGCCUGAGUGAACCCAGCUACUCCAGUAGCAGUUGUGGGAGCCACACGCCUGCUGCCCUGCACUCGGGGAUCCCUUCUCAGGAGUUUGCGAGUGGCUACAAUGGCACUUACCUGCAUUCCACAUACAGUGGUGGGCAAAGCACCCCAGCCCUGCCUUCCCCACAUCCCUCACCUUUGCACAGCAGUGGGCUCCUUCAGCCUCCUCCACCCCCUCCUCCCCCUCCUCCGACACUGGUGCCUAGCUAUAAUGCAGGUUCACCUAACCUCUCCAGUUACAGCUACCCUCCUACAGGUUAUCCUCCCCAGGCUUCUGUUGCUCCAGGCUACAGCCCUGGAGGAGCCCCCCCUCCUUCAGCCUACUUGCCCUCAGGCAUUGCAGCUCCCACUCCACUACCCCCCUCUACCAUUCCCAGCUAUUCCUACCAGUCCCACAACCAUGCACCUAUUGCACCAACACCUUUGAAUGGCAGCUCAGCCAACUCACUGAAAAGAAAAGCUUUCUACAUGACAGGACAAGGAGACAUGGACUCCAGUUAUGGAAAUUUCAGUUACAACCAACAGCGCUCAACUCAAAGUCCUAUGUACAGAAUGCCAGAUAGCAACCUUGCUGAUUCAAGCAGAGGGAAUGGAUUUGACAGAAGUGCUGACACCUCGUCUUUGCCAUUUAAGCCUACAAAGCAGCCAAUGUCCUCGGAUCAACAGCGUAAAUUCAGCAGUCAGUCUGGCAGAGCCAUCACCCCUCCAUCCUAUGGAGGAUCCAAAGGUUCAAUGGGGUCAGUGCGAUCAGGCGAGUCUUUUGGGAAGUUCAGUUCACCUGUUAUGAGUGAGCACAGUGAGGAGCACAGGCAGCACUUGCCACAUUCCAUUGGCACAGUUCCCUCAAGUGGCAAUCCGGCCGAGGAGCAGCUGAAAAAUAGUGACUCCAGCCUGGUGGAGAUGGUCACCACUGAGGUCCUCCAGCAGAUGCCUCCUGUGGAUUGGAGUGACAUUGUAGGGCUGGAGCUGGUCAAGGCCACCAUUAAAGAGGAGGUUUUAUGGCCCAUCCUGAGGCCAGAUAUGUUCAGUGGCCUGGCACCGUUACCACGCAGCAUCCUUUUCUUCGGACCUCAGGGUACUGGGCGGACAUUGCUGGCACGCUGUGUGGCCAGCCAGCUGGGUGCUGCAUUCCUCCAGCUCAAUGGAUCAGCACUAGUUAGUAAGUGGCUGGGAGAGGGCGAGAAGGUGGUGCAGGCCUCAUUUCUUGUAGCUCGCUGCCGGCAACCAUCAGUAAUAUUUGUUAGUGAUGUAGAUCUCUUGCUGUCACCACAGCUAAGUGAGGAAAGCCCAGUAAAUCGUAUCAAGAGUGAACUUCUCCUACAACUAGAUGGAGUGCUCAGCUCGACAGAGGACCAUGUCUUGGUCAUUUGCUCCACUAGCAAGCCUGAGGAAAUAGAUGAAGCUCUGCGUAGGUACUUUGUUAAGAGGUUGCUCAUCCCACUCCCAGACACCUCAGCACGACACCAGCUCAUCAGUCACGUGCUCUCCCAGCAUAAUUACUGUCUCAGUGACAAAGAGGUGGCACUGCUCGUCCAGCGGACAGAGGGAUUCUCGGGGUUAGACUUGGUGCGUCUUUGCCAGGAAGCCAUUGUCGGACCCUUGCACAGCAUGCCUGGCACAGAACUGUCCGGAAUCAUACCAGGGCAGAUGAGGCCGCUAUCUUACCAGGACUUUGAAAAUGUCUUUUGCAAAAUCCAACCCAGCAUAUCACAGAAAGAACUGGACACAUACACUGAGUGGAACAAAAUGUUUGGCUGUAGUCAGUGAAAUGGGGGCUUAAUGGGUCAUAUAGGAUGACUUCUCCUCCUGUAAGGAGAGGAUACAAUUCAGAAUUCUUUGGGUG